GAAGUGAAACCACCGACUCGUUUAGACGUGAGCCUCGGGGGUGUGUCUGGAAGCAGAGGCAAACAAACAUGGAGGUUAUCUUUCAUGAAAAAGUCUCCUUCAUGCUAUGAAAACUCUCAACAAGGCAAUUCACUGGAAAGUGGGAAAGCAAGGGCAGCUGGGAGUCUAAUUGGGGUCAGCAGUGGCUGCUUCGAGCUUCAUUCUUAUUUUGAACAGAAGCCAUAGGAAGGCUCAAGAGGGCUCUUUAUGUGCCCAGCACUGUCUCAAUAAUCUGCUACAAGGGGAGUACUUUAGUGCUGUCGAUUUAUCAUCUAUUGCCAUGCAACUAGAUGAGCAGGAGCGAAUGAGGAUGGCAGAAGGUGGCCUAGCAACUGAAGAUUAUAGAACAUUCAUGCAACAACCAUCUGGAAAUAUGGAUGACAGUGGAUUUUUUUCAAUCCAGGUUAUAAGUGAUGCCUUGGGAGUAUGGGGAUUAGAACUAAUUCUGUUCAACAGUCGAGAAUAUAGGAACCGUGGAAUCAAUCCUAUAAAUGAAAGGGCAUUUAUUGGUAAUUAUAAGGAGCACUGGUUUACAGUACGAAAGUUAGGAAAGCAGUGGUUUAACUUGAAUUCACUUUUGACGGGUCCAGAGCUGAUUUCAGACACCUACCUUGCACUUUUCUUAGCCCAAUUACAGCAGGAAGGUUAUUCCAUAUUUGUAGUUAAGGGUGAUCUUCCUGAAUGUGAAGCAGAUCAGCUGCUACAGAUGGUUCAGGUGCAUCAAUCGCAACGACCACGUCUAAUAGGAGAGGAUGCUGCAGCAAGAGACCAACGAGUACAAAGAAGUGAAGCUGGAAUAGAUGGUGACCAGUUAUAUGAUUCCCCUGCUGUGAUGGACGAGGAUGAAGAGAACCUCCAGAAAGCACUUGCUCUUAGUAGGCAGCAGAUUGACAUGGAAGAUGAAGAAGCAGAUUUACGAAGGGCAAUUCAACUCAGUAUGCAAGGUGGGCAUCAAAGUGAAUUUACAGAAUCACUCUCUAAUACUCCACAGUCCUCAAGGAACAGGGAGACUGAACAGCUCACAUCAGAGGAACUUCGGCAAAAAAGACAAGCCUACUAUGAAAAGUUUAAGAUGGAACCUCUCAGCUCAGAGGGACUUAAACGAACUACAAAUGCACAAACAGUGGACUCUGAAGAUAAUGGCCUGAGUGAAGAAGACAUGUUAAAAGCUGCCACAAAAACGUCUGUGGAUACAGGGGAACAAUGCUCCAAAUCUGCAGAUGGGAACUGACCAGAUGCUUAGGACCAGACCCUUGUUCUGCAGUUUUGUGUGAGUGUUGGCACAGAUAGUGAGGACAUAUAAAUAAAAUAUUACUUUUGGACCAUGUACACUUGGAAGAAUUCCCAGUGCUUUUACGAUUGUCUCUUAUGAUGUACAUUUUUGUUUCCAAAAUGGCCUUUGGCUCUGCACUUUCCCAUUCUGAUUUCACUUUAUAUUAUGUCAUAAAUAAGGUUUGUUAUACAAUAUAUCUAGUAGAAUAAUAAAAGCUUUUGUAAGGCUCCUCCUCAUGACCAAACAAAGCUUUAACAUAACUAGCUUUGACAGCUGUUGUGUUUUGCCACAACAUUUCACUGACCAUUUCUUGUGUGACUGACCUGUUAGUUUCUGGAGAGCCAUUUCUAGAAAUGGCUUUAGAAUGUAUCUUGGAUGCAUCUGGCAGUAAAAGGUUAAUGGUGCUUUUAAUAAUGUUUACAAACAAAUUGCUGUUGUUGAUGUGUGGUACUUAACUCAAGCUUAGCUUUGUAUUAUAUAUGACCGUGCACUACAACUACUAACUCAGCCUGAGGAGUAUGACGUACAAGUGAUCUGGGAACCAUACAGUGCAUGAACAACUGGGUCUUAAGUUUUUUGGUUCACAUGCAUGCUUUAUUGGAUGAUAAGCAAUGAGUAUAUACAGAACACAAAUAGGAAAUGUGUACACAACAAUUACCAUUACAAACAAGUUUCUGCAAUAUAACUAUCACAAUUUGAACUCAAGCUAUACUGUAUAUGUUAAAUGUUCAUAUUUGUAUUGUAUUCAGGAUGGUUGUAAAUAUACAUUGACUUUGCCAGAAAACUGGCAGCUUGUUA